CGUAGGUCUGGCCGCAGCCGCACGCCCGGCCCGGAUCCCGGUACCAUGAGCUUCGGUUCGGAGCACUACCUGUGCUCCGCCUCCUCCUACCGCAAGGUGUUCGGGGACGGCUCUCGCCUGUCCGCGCGCCUCUCCGGGGCCGGAGGCGCGGGCAGCUUCCGCUCACAGUCGCUGUCCCGCUGCAAUGUAACCUCCUCGGCCGCCUGCUCCUCGGCCUCGUCGCUCGGCCUGGGCCUGGCUUACCGCCGGCUACCGGCGUCUGAAGGGCUAGACCUGAGCCAGGCGGCGGCGCGCACCAAUGAAUACAAGAUCAUCCGCACCAACGAGAAGGAGCAGCUGCAGGGCCUCAAUGACCGCUUCGCUGUGUUCAUAGAGAAGGUGCACCAGCUGGAGACGCAGAACCGCGCGCUCGAGGCCGAGCUGGCGGCGCUGCGGCAGCGCCACGCCGAGCCGUCGCGCGUUGGCGAGCUGUUCCAGCGCGAGCUGCGCGACCUGCGCGCGCAGCUGGAAGAAGCGAGCUCGGCGCGCGCACAGGCCCUGCUGGAGCGCGAUGGACUGGCCGAGGAGGUGCAGCGGCUGCGGGCACGCUGCGAGGAGGAGAGCCGCGGGCGCGAAGGCGCCGAGCGCGCCCUAAAGGCGCAACAGCGCGACGUGGACGGCGCCACGCUGGCCCGCCUGGAUCUGGAGAAGAAGGUGGAGUCGCUGCUGGACGAGCUGGCCUUCGUGCGCCAGGUGCACGAUGAAGAGGUAGCCGAGCUCCUGGCCACGCUGCAGGCAUCGUCGCAGGCCGCGGCCGAGGUAGACGUGGCCGUAGCCAAACCAGACCUGAGUUCGGCGCUCAGGGAGAUUCGCGCCCAGUAUGAGUCCCUGGCGGCUAAGAACCUGCAGUCAGCAGAGGAAUGGUACAAGUCCAAGUUCGCCAACCUGAACGAACAGGCUGCGCGCAGCACCGAGGCUAUCCGAGCCAGCCGCGAGGAAAUCCAUGAGUACCGGCGCCAGCUACAGGCACGUACCAUAGAGAUUGAAGGUCUGCGCGGGGCCAAUGAGUCCUUGGAGAGGCAGAUCCUGGAGCUGGAGGAGCGGCACAGUACUGAGGUGGCCGGCUAUCAGGAUAACAUUGGGCAGCUGGAGAAUGAUCUGAGGAACACCAAGAGUGAGAUGGCACGCCACCUUCGAGAAUACCAGGACUUGCUCAAUGUCAAAAUGGCCCUUGACAUUGAGAUAGCAGCUUACAGGAAGCUGCUGGAAGGUGAAGAGACACGAUUUAGCACCAGUGGAUUAAGCAUUUCAGGGCUGAAUCCACUUCCCAAUCCAAGUUACCUCCUCCCUCCUAGAAUCCUCAGCUCUGCGACCUCCAAAGUCUCAUCCACUGGGCUGUUACUUAAGAAGGAGGAAGAGGAGGAGGAGGAGGAGGCUUCUAAGGUAGCCUCUAAGAAAACCUCUCAGAUAGGGGAAAGUUUUGAAGAAAUACUGGAGGAGACGGUAAUAUCUACUAAGAAAACCGAGAAGUCAAAUAUAGAAGAAACCUCCAUUUCAAGCCAAAAAAUGUAAUUCUGUUGCUUAGAAAAAAAAAAAAAGCUAAUGCUUAAGAGGGAAUAAUAUGCAUUUGACUUGUUAAACAGCCUAUUCCUGAACUGCAACACCUAUCACCACUAUGUAACGUCCUCAAGGCUUCACUCUCCUACUCUGUAGUGAACACUUAACUUUCUCUGAUAGGAAAACCACCCCUUAGAUGGGAGCAAACUGCAGUCCUGGAGCAAUCAUGGAAGAGUUGUCUAAGAAUACAACUUUCUCACCCAGCACAGGCUUCACCGUGAUAGAUGAUUCUAGUGUGGAGGAAGUAUGAGCGAAGGUGCUAAGUCUGUGAGCCUCAGCAUUUGCUGUGAGCUGCAAUUAACACCUACAUUUAUUCACUAUGCCCAGCCAGUACCCAGCU